GACAUGGGGGAUACUAAUGAGGAUUCAGAUGAUAGCUCAGACACAGCUUGUGAUAGUCACUGUGAUGACAAGCCCACCAGGAGUAUGAAUCAAGAAAGAGGAAGCGCCAGAAGCAAGAAGCAAAGACUUCAUGAUCCAGCAAAGGGUGCCACUUCUAAAAAAUUCCCCAAAUUAAUGAAGAAAGUACAACAUGUGCUUGAUAAUAAUUCGAAAGUCAAGAAGAAAAAGGGUAGAAACCGCACCAUACUGGUCUUUUACUACCGGAAGAAUGAGAAAAAGAAACAAUCUUCAAAAAAGGAGAAAGAAGAGGUCCCAGAAAAAGCUCACACUUCAGAUGAUGACUCGUCUCUACCUGGAACAUCCCAAGACACGGAACCCUCUGCACCCUCUCUUCCAAAACGAGUGCGGAAGUGGUUUUUUCCGUAGAGACCAAAUAUUACUCCCUUAAGUGAGAAUGUUUGGGCAUUGUUGAUUAAACUAUUAAAACGCCUUUGAAUAUG